AUGUCUGGCACUAUUGUCAUCGAGAAGAUUCAGGGCCAUGAUGUCUCGGAAGACAUGCUCGCUCAAGCCGCAGAGCUCUUUUCCUCUGACUACGGAAUCUGGGGUCCUCUUGCUGAAGAGAAAAUGGGCACAUUUGGUAAAUUCUGCAAGCCGGGACGCCCCGUGAAGAUGUCCAAAAACCGUCUUCGUGAGCAGUCCCUUGCUCCGGGAACUGACAGCGUUCUGAUACGCGCUACGGUCGACGGCAAACUUGUAGGCCAUGCCUUUGCAACUUUCUGGGAUUUCGGAAUCCUCUCAUCCCAUCCUGCUACUAUUCGUGCUGCUCUGCGAGCCUUCGGACAUGGUAUCGAAAAGGUGGACUUGAGCGGGAUUAAAGAGCUUGUACCCGCCAUUAUGAAGUCCUCGCCAGUUCCUUACGUCAAGAUGGCUAGACCUACGGGCUCCUUGUUUGAUCAGGGUGAUCAGACAGGUGCUGUUUGCUGUGCUGACACUGCAUUCUGGGUUGAUCAUGCCGAGCCCCUGGCUGCGCUGAAUGUCAUCAAGGAGGACGGUAUAAAGUGGCCGUUUGGAGACUUGCCUGAAGGCUGCGAAUUCUUGGCCUUUGUUAAAGACCAGAUGGACGUCAAGGUAAUGUAG